CACGAGCCAGGCGGGAAAGUUGGUUAUUCGUUCUGACCAAUCAAUUCACUCGUGUAGCAACGCCGCUGCGGAGUGUCUUCAGCGGAGAGGGACGAGGAAGCGAACAUAUUAGUCUUUAAGAUAAACGAGUUAUUUUUUUUCUUCCAAUUUUAUACCGAAGGAGAUACUUCAGCGUAAACCAAGAACGAUGACUGGUUCGAACGAGUACAAACUGAACCAGGGACCAGAGGACAGUAUCUCUGCCGUGAAGUUCAGCCCCAGUACAGGCCAGUUCCUUCUAGUGUCCUCUUGGGACUGUACUGUCCGGCUCUACGAUGUGGCAGGCAACUCCAUGAGGAUCAAGUAUUCUCACCUGGCACCUGUGCUGGAUUGUGCUUUCUAUGACCCAACACAUGCCUGGAGCGGAGGCUUGGACACGCAGUUGAAAACCCACGACUUGAAUACAGAUCAAGAUACAAUAGUUGGGACACACGACGCCCCCAUUCGCUGUGUGGAAUACUGUCCAGAGGUCAACGUCAUGGUAACAGGUAGCUGGGAUAGGUCAGUCAGGCUGUGGGACCCCAGGACCCCCUGCAACGCUGGCACCUUCACACAACCUGAAAAGGUGUACACCCUCUCUGUGGCUGGUGACCGGCUGAUAGUGGGGACAGCAGGGAGGAGGGUGUUGGUCUGGGACCUGAGGAAUAUGGGCUAUGUCCAGCAGAGGAGAGAGUCCAGUCUGAAAUACCAGACACGAGCCAUCAGGGCCUUCCCUAACAAACAGGGCUAUGUCCUGAGCUCCAUAGAAGGACGUGUUGCUGUGGAGUACCUGGACCCCAGCCAGGAAAUGCAGAAGAAGAAGUACGCCUUCAAGUGCCACCGACUGAAGGAGAACGGCAUAGAACAGGUCUAUCCCGUCAACGCCAUCUCCUUCCACGGUGUCCACAACACCUUCGCCACAGGUGGCUCUGACGGCUUUGUGAACAUCUGGGACCCUUUCAACAAGAAGCGCCUGUGUCAGUUUCACCGCUACCCUACGUCUAUCGCCUCCCUGGCCUUCAGUAACGACGGCUCCACGCUGGCCAUCGCCUCCUCUUACAUGCAGGAGCAGGGAGACAUCAGCCACCCGGAGGACACCGUCUUCAUCCGUCAGGUCACAGACGCAGAGACGAAGCCCAAGUGAGUCGGGACGGUCCUCCUGUCUGGGGGCAGUCCUUCACACGAUGGGGCCCGGUCUGAUUCUGAAACUGUGCUUCCUCGGGUAGCUUCUUUUCACGUUGUCUUCUUUCAGCACUGUUAGCUACAGCAACCAUGAUACAGGAUUUACUUCACGGGGGGUCCAGGCCAGCCCAGUACAGCUCGGGUCGGUUCUAUAGUGUGAAGCAGAACAUCUGGUCCACAUCCCGGUGGUCUUGUCUGGACUGCACCGCCACACUGCCACUCACACUUUUUUGGUACAUAUGAAUGACAGCAUUGACCAGGAGCAGGCAGCUGGUAUUUAUCUGGCCAUCUAGCUCGCUCUCUCUCUAGCUCUCUCCACCUUUUUCAAUAUCCCCGUAGUUGACAGACCGAUGAGGACUUGACAAAAUGGCUGCCUCCUGAUCUGUAUGUGGAUGUGUGGCUCCAGGAGAGUCCUGAAGACAGCUGAAUGGCUCCAUCUAUACAAAACAACCUUCGCUGACCUUUUCAUCUGCCUAUAUUUGUUGGAUUUAAAGUUUAUUUUUUUAUUUUUUUUACUGUUCCCAUUUAUUUGUACUUUAAAAAUGAAACAUGAAGAUUUAUUAACAAAUGUAAAAGGACUACACCCAUGUGUUUUCAGUUGUAUCUAGCCCCGCCCUUCUAAUAAACUGGUAAAAUUAGGUUGUAUCUAGCCCCGCCCCUCUAAUAAACUGGUAAAAUUAGGUUGUAUCUAGCCCCGCCCCUCUAAUAAACUGGUAAAAUUAGGUUGUAUCUAGCCCCGCCCCUCUAAUAAACUGGUAAAAUUAGGUUGUAUCUAGCCCCGCCCCUCUAAUAAACUGGUAAAAUUAGGUUGUGUAUCUAGCCCCGCCCUCUAAUAAACUGGUAAAAUUAGGUUGUUGUGUCUAGCCCCGCCCAUCUCAUAAACUGGUGAAAUUAGGUUGUUGUUUCUAGCCCCUCCCCUCGAAUAAACUGGUGAAAUUAGGUUGUUUCUAGCCCCGCCCCAUCUCAUAAACUGGUGAAAUUAGGUUGUAAUCUAGCCCCGCCCCUCUUAUUGCAUCACUCUUCUCAGAUCAAUUGAAAAGGAAUAAGGUUUUUUUCUGUAAUGACAUGACUAUUGAUUUGUCUAAAGAGUCGACUAAAGACAAAAAUCCAAUUUGUUGCGGUAAUGCAUUUUCCAAUAAUCAAUGAAGACAUGUUAAUGACUCCAGAGAUCCUGCUCCAGCAGGUGAAUUGAUGUCAGAGCGGAGAAUUACGGUUUCCACGCCCCUCCUCCUGUGAUGAGAUGCAGUACUAUGGGACCCACUACUUCACAUGGGUUGCUCACCAGCAGUUGGCAGAGCAUAAAGACAGAACUCUCAGGACCCUGUUUCUCUCUCUGUUUCUCUCUCUCUCUCUGUUUCUCUCUCUGUUUCUCUCUCUCUCUGUCUCUCUCUGUGUCUCUCUCUCUCAAAGUGAAUUACAGAAGCCCUUAACAAGGUUUCAGCCCUGUCCCUCUCCGUAUCAUAACAGAUGGGGUCGACCAUUCAUUCAUAGAUUACAAAGCUGAAUUGAGCCAGAAGCUGCUGUUUUUUCUCCUUCCCAGUUGUCUGGUUUCUAUCAAUAGUGAAGGAGGCAGUUGAGGGAAAUCUCUUAAGGGACUUCAGUACUAAGUAACCCCCAUUUUGAUAUUCUGUUCCAGUCUGCUUUAAUUGAUUUGAUUCUAAGACGGGGCUGUGUGUUUAUACCCAGGUCUUUAAUUGAUUUGAUUCUAAGACGGGGCUGUGUGUUUAUACCCAGGUGUUUAAUUGAUUUGAUUCUAAGACGGGGCUGUGUGUUUAUACCCAGGUCUUUAAUUGAUUUGAUUCUAAGACGGGGCUGUGUGUUUAUACCCAGGUCUUUAAUUGAUUUGAUUCUAAGACGGGGCUGUGUUUAUACCCAGGUGUUUUUGAUUUGACCUCAUUAGGACAGC